GCGGCCGCUGGGAUCGGCUCCGACGCGGCCACGUUGUCCUGCGCGUUUUGAGCGCCCGGCUCCGGGAGUCCGAUCGGCGGCGAUCUUGCUGUCCCUUCACGUAGUCGCUGGGCUCGGUGGGGCCGCGGUAUCCCCAUACUCCCUCCGCCCGGCGCAGCGGCUCAGGGAGCGGCCCGGCCACCCCGCGGUUCCAGUGCGCGGGCGCGUCUGGGAUCGGCCCGGGAGGCGUCGCCCUCCGUCAGCCCGGCUGGCCUUUCCGCACCGCCCAGAAACAGCGGACGGGAGGGAGCGCAAUCGAGUUGGGCUCCGCGCUGGGCUGGGCACCGGGGCCCAUGCCCGUUCGCCCCCGCGGGCCCGCGCCAUGGCCUCCGGGAGCGUGGCCGAGUGCUUACAGCAGGAGACCACUUGCCCCGUGUGCCUGCAGUACUUUGUGGAGCCCAUGAUGCUAGACUGCGGCCACAACAUCUGUUGCGCCUGCCUCGCCCGCUGCUGGGGCGCGGCGGAGACCAAUGUGUCGUGCCCGCAGUGCCGGGAGACCUUCCCGCAGCGGCACAUGCGGCCCAACCGGCACCUGGCCAACGUGACCCAGCUGGUGAAGCAGUUGCGCACCGAGCGGCCGUCGGGGCCCGGAGGCGAGAUGGGCGUGUGCGAGAAACACCGCGAACCCCUGAAGCUGUACUGCGAGGAGGACCAGAUGCCCAUCUGCGUGGUGUGCGACCGCUCCCGCGAGCACCGCGGCCACAGCGUGCUUCCGCUCGAGGAGGCGGUGGAGGGCUUCAAGGAGCAAAUCCAGAACCAGCUGGACCACCUAAAAAGAGUGAAAGACUUAAAGAAGAGGCGAAGGGCACAGGGAGAGCAGGCGCGAGCUGAACUCUUGAGCCUGACCCAGAUGGAGAGGGAGAAGAUUGUUUGGGAGUUUGAGCAGCUAUAUCACUCCUUGAAGGAGCAUGAGUAUCGCCUUUUGGCCCGUCUCGAGGAGCUAGACUUGGCCAUCUACAACAGUAUCAAUGGUGCCAUCACUCAGUUCUCUUGCAACAUCUCCCACCUCAGCAACCUGAUUGCCCAGCUGGAAGAGAAGCAGCAGCAACCCACCAGGGAGCUCCUGCAGGACAUCGGGGACACAUUGAGCAGGGCUGAAAGAAUCAGGAUUCCUGAACCCUGGAUCACACCUCCAGAUCUGCAAGAGAAAAUCCACAUUUUUGCUCAGAAGUGUCUGUUCUUGACUGAGAGUCUGAAGCAGUUCACAGAAAAAAUGCAGUCAGAUAUGGAGAAAAUCCAAGAAUUGAGAGAGGCCCAGUUAUACUCAGUGGAUGUGACUCUGGACCCAGACACAGCCUACCCCAGCCUGAUCCUCUCUGAUAACCUGCGGCAAGUGCGGUACAGUUACCUCCAGCAGGACCUGCCCGACAACCCUGAGCGGUUCAAUCUGUUUCCCUGUGUCUUGGGCUCUCCAUGCUUCAUCGCUGGGAGACACUAUUGGGAGGUAGAGGUGGGAGAUAAAGCCAAGUGGACCAUAGGUGUCUGUGAAGACUCAGUUUGCAGAAAAGGUGGGGUAACCUCAGCCCCCCAGAAUGGAUUCUGGGCAGUGUCCUUGUGGUAUGGGAAAGAAUACUGGGCUCUCACCUCCCCAAUGACUGCCCUCCCCCUGCGGACCCCUCUCCAACGGGUGGGGAUUUUCUUGGACUAUGAUGCUGGCGAGGUCUCCUUCUACAACGUGACAGAGAGGUGUCACACCUUUACUUUCUCUCAUGCUACCUUCUGUGGGCCUGUCCGGCCCUACUUCAGUCUGAGUUACUCUGGAGGGAAGAGCGCAGCUCCUCUGAUCAUCUGCCCCAUGAGUGGCAUCGAUGGGUUUUCUGGCCAUGUUGGGAAUCAUGGUCAUUCCAUGGAGACCUCCCCUUGAGGAGGUGAACUCAGGCCAGAAGGGCUGCUGGCUGUACUCCCACCCCAGGCAUGAGGCAUCUUGUUGCCUUGCCACUUCCUGCCCAUCACAGCUGGAUGUUCUUACCACUUUCCGUGCCCUGCAGUGCAAGACAGGAUGUCUGUGUUCUCUGCCAUCCCCCCCUUCCCAUGAAAAUUGUGAGAUGUAAUAAGUUAUCGAGAUUGCCCAGAAAUAAAAACCAGAUGUCCACCUCCAGUGUUCCACA